AUGGAGCCAUUCGUCCACAACACGCAGUAUUCCAUUUUGAUAUGCACAUUAUGUCAGUACGCCGUAUUAGCCAACGAAGCCACGGCGCAUUUGCGGAAUAACCAUCGGUCAAUCCCCGCCGAGGCCAGGAGCAAGGUCGCCGGAUUAGUCGGCGAUAUUCCCGGCAUCAUCCGCAGCCAGGCCGAUUUGCAGUCGUUUCAAUACCCAGACCCCACGGUCGAGCCAGUUGCCCAUAUCGCACCGCCCCGGGCGGACGGUUUGCGUUGCCACGCAUGCCGUUAUGUGUGCCGCCGCGUGCGAAACAUGCAGGAGCAUUGCCGGGCAGAACACCGGUGGGCGAAUGAUUGGCAGAAGGGGGGCAAUGUGCGCAAGAAAGCCACGGCAGUCAGAGAUUUGCCGUGGACAACAGGCGUGCCAUGCCAGCGUUUUUUUUUAACACGGGCCGCAAGCGGAUGGUUCGAGGUCGGGCGGGGGUUAGGGGUGGCCGUUCAAAGCGAGCCAUCGGGGCCGGGGACGGACGACACGGCGUGGUUCGUCACGUUGCACGAGAACCAAGAGAAGCGGUUCGAGGCCGACGCGCGCGAGGAGGUCAGUACAGUGGACGAAAAGUUGGAGCCGAACGGGUGGUUGUACCGCGUCGGGUGGACGAGGGAUUUGGAAGGGUUGAACAAGACGCAGUUACAGGAGGCCACGCGACCAAUUGAGGAUGGCGAGGAGACGUUAGAGGCCAUAUGGGCCGUGUUCAACAGCGUCGCCGACAAGGCAUGCGCAACAGCAGCACCGCACAAGGUCGGGCACGACGUGUUGUUCGAGGCGGAGCGGAAGGAGAUCGGCCAGAAGCCGGUGCGGCCAUUCGACAACCGCAUGGAGGACGACACGUGGCAGCGGUACAAGGAGGUUUGGCGUAAGAUGGUGAGCAUAUGGUUCCGCAUGGACGAGUGGCCGGAGCGCGAGCGGCCGCCGUAUCGGUUCACCAUGCGUCAGGGGUCGUUGUGGGAUGCGUUCACCAGCCGUGUCGAGGCGGAUGUCGGCAGCAGGCAGGCCGCGCAGGCGGAGGAGGUCGAGAGGAUGUGUUUGGACGCCAUCAUCGCCAUCAUCGAGGACCCGUACAAGCAGAGCCAAAAGGAGAGCGCGAUGAUCGGCGCGUUGGCGGUGUUGGGCAUCCGCGAGGACGGCGGGUGGCACCAGGCGACGGAGUACACGACGAAUUAUUCAGCCGUGAUCAAGGUGGCCAAGAUGUUCGUCGUGUACCAGGCGUGGUUGGAGCGGAAGGACGAGGUGGUGGCGUUGACGGCGACCAAAGGGGCCGAGGCGGCGUACGAAGAGGCCAGCAGCGUGUUCCAUUUGGUGCGCGACAAGGUGCGGCGGUUCAUGACGCGGAUGCCCGGGCGGCCGGACGACGAGCCCAGGGCGAUGAAUUGGAUUUACGACGCGCGCACGUACGGGAUGCAUAUCCGGUUUAACACGGUGGCGCCGGGGAUGGUGGAUUGGAGCGGCGACCGGAUAUCGUUCCGGCGGGUGCGGGUGCGGGUGUGCGAGUUGGCCGAGAUGUUCCACGGGGUAGCGCAGGAGGCGCGGACGUUGUUGGCGCAGUUGGCGGUGGUGGACGGGGAUGGGGAUAGGGAUAAUGAUCCCGACAGGGACGGGCACGGCGAUGGGUACGGAGGCCGAUCAGCGUUAGCAGCAGCGUUGCCCGCCAUCAGGUGGGACAGCAUGCACGACGACCACAGCCAGGACCGGCCGGGGUAUUCGUUUUUACACGACGACCGCAACGAGGCGUGGGUGGGCAAGGGGAAGGGGUGGAUCGCACGGCGCAUCGCAGAGUCGGAGGCACGGCGGCGGGCGUGGUUAGACCCAACGCGAGGGGCGGCGGCGGCGGCAGUGGCAGCAGCAGCAGCAGCAGCAGCAGGACAGGCGGAGGAGGUCACGUCCAACCGCAGCGAUAGCCACCACCCAUACCGCGAGAGGACGGUGCAGGCAUACAGACAGGCGUUGGAAUCGUUCCGGGAGCGGUUGUGGAUGUUGAUGCACAUGGUGGCAGGGCAGCCGGCGCGGGCGCCCGAGUUAGCAGGCAUCAGACACAGCAACACGGCCAACGGCGGGGUCAGGAACGUGUUCGCACACGACGGCAUGAUAUGUUUCGUCACGUCGUACCACAAGAAUUACCGCCAGACGGGGACGGCCAAGGUGAUACACCGGUAUUUGCCGCGCGAGGUCGGCGAGUUGUUGGUGUGGUAUUUAUGGUUAGUGUUGCCGUUUUGGCAGCAGGUAGGAGGCAUCAUCCAUCAGACGGACCGGAAGAGCGCAUUUUUAUGGGCGGACGACGUGGUUGUAAGGGGCAGGGCGGCGGGCGAGGCGAGCCGUGAUAACACCAGGGGCGACGAGCGCCGCAAUAACACCAAGGACAACGACGCCCGUGACAACACCGAGGACGACGACGCCCGUGACAACACCAUCACAGACGAGAGCGCCAACGCCACCCCCGGCCGGGCGCCGUGGACGGACGAACGGUUGUGGACGUCAGACAAGGCAAGGCGGAUCAUGCAGCAGCACAGCGAGCGGUUGGUCGGCAGCAAGAUCAACAUCAGCGGGUGGCGGCACAUGGCCGUCGCCAUCGCCAACCGGUAUUUGAACGAGGCGUUCGGACGGGCAGACGACAAAAACAACGACAACGACGACAACGACGACGACAUAGGCGUCGAGGACAGCGCAUUGGAUUUGCAGGCCGGGCACGGCACGCACGUGGCGGGGAUGAUAUACGGGCGGUUGUACCAGGAGGCACCGUUCGGCACGGCGGCGUUGCGGGACAGGUUCCGGGCCGUCAGCCGGCAGUGGCACCGGUUGUUGGGGUUCGGGGCGGAGGACCGGGGCGGCGGGGCACCCACCAAGCGGCGGCGGACGGCGACGACGGCGGCGGACGAGGAGUUCGAAGGGCAGCGGCGGCGGCGGUUCACGCGGUUGCAGUUAGCCAACGCCGGCGGGCAGUUGCGGCAGAUGAUGGGGGACCCGCGGGCGGCGUUCCGCGGCCAGCAGGAGCGGGUCAUCCGGUCGAUCAUGCGCGGGGACGACCCGAUCGUGCAGGUGACGGGCACGGGCGGCGGCAAGAGUUUGUCGUUCAUGUUGCCGGCGUAUUGCGCACCGGACGGGGUGACGAUCGUCGUGACGCCGUUGGUGGCGUUGCGCACCGACAUGGACGCGCGGUGUUCGAGGUCGGGGUUGGCGUCGACAACGUGGCGCGGCGGCGGGCGGGCCAACACGGCCGCAGCAACGGUGGUGUUCGUGACGCCCGAGUCGGCCGUCACGCAGGGAUUCCGGGAUUUCGUCGGGCGGUUGCAGCGGCGGCAGCAGUUGGACCGGGUGGUGUUGGACGAGUGCCACGUCGUGUUGGAUGGGUCGAGGGGGUUCCGGCCGGCGUUGCGGGCGUUGGGGCGGACGGUGCAGGAGUUCGGGGCGCAGUUGGUGUGUUUGACGGCGACGUUGCCGCCGGCGGAGGAGCGGGAGUUUUUCGCCGUGACGGGGAUCCGGCAGGAGCGGGUGCGGGUGUUCCGCGAGGCGACGACGCGGAGGAAUAUCGAGUAUGGGGUUGUUGUCGUUGCGUUAGGGUCAGGGGGUGGGGGUCGUGGUCGUGGUCGUGGUGCGGCAAGCCACAGGCGCCGGGCAGAGUCAGGGUUAGGGUUAGGGUCAGGUCGGGAGGGUGAGGACGGCGAGUUGAGCGCCGUCGAGGAGCGCGGUUGCCAGGAGGUCAGGGAUUGGUUGCGGCAGCAGCCACGCGGCAAGGCGGUGGUGUACAGCAGCACGAUCGAGGGCGUCGAGCGGAUGGCCGAGGCGUUGGGGUGCGCAGCGUUCCACAGCAGCAUCGGCAGCACGGAGGACAAGGCGUCGAGGUUGGAGGCGUGGAGGAUGGGCGACGGCGCCGAUGGGGGCGUCAUCGUGGCGACGAACGCGUUGGGGUUAGGCAUCGACGUGCCGGACGUGCGGUUGGUGGUCCACGCGGGCAUGCCGCGGCGGUUGCGGGAUUUCGUCCAGGAGAGCGGGCGUGCCGGGCGAGACGGCCAGCCAAGCCGGUCGGUUGUUAUAUGCAGUAGGGCAGCCGUGGAGGAGAAGGAGAAGGAGAAGCAGAAGGAGAAGGAGGCAGGGGAGGCAGAGAAAGAUGGGAGGGCAGCCGGAGGGGGAUGGGAGGUGUCAACAAGGACAUACAUCAGGGGAGAGGUAUGCCGGCGGAUUGUGUUAGACGAGGUCAUGGACGGGCGGGUGGACCGUCCAGGGUGCGAGGAGGGCGAAGAGGCAUGCGACAUAUGCCGGCAGAGGGCGUCGGAGGUGAUGUGGGUAGACGACGGGGAUGGAGAUAUGGAUAGGGACAAGGACGGGGAUAGAGAGGGACAUGGAGCCAGAGAAGACGAAGAGAUCAGGGCCGCGUUCGAGACCAGUCAGCAAGCCAGGCAGUUCCGCCAGUGGCAGGCCAGGGCAGAGCGUUCAGGGUUAGGGGAGGAGGGGGAGACGUUCAAGCAGCAGUUGGCGCGGUGGGCGGGACGGUGCACGUAUUGCGGGAUACGCCGGAGAGAGAGCGACGGGCACACGUUAGACGAUUGCCCAGGCCGCGGGGAGCAGGCGUGGGGGUGGACGGCGCAGUACAGGAGGCAGAUGGAAGAGGCCAUGUUCGACGGACGGAUGAUGGAGAAUUUCAGCAGUUGUUUCCAUUGCGGAUUGCCGCAGGGUUGGUGUCGGCGAUGGGAGCCGUUGGGCGAGGACGGCGGGCGGUUCACGGAGGUCGAGGGCGGUUCAUGCCAGUACCAAGGGUUGAUGGUUACGAUGUUCGCCGUCGCAACGAUCGGUGUGGGGUCGAGGGUGUACGAGGAGACGGUGAGGGCGAUGCGCAGAGCGGACGGGUUAGAGGAGUGGGCGUCGAGCGAGAAGGAGGUAUAUAAGUGGCAGUAG